AUGAAAGACUUUGUUGGCUCUGGUGCUGUUCCCAUCGUCGGUCGUGCCGUCACUAAACCUCUUCGGUGUAGCGCAUUCGUGAAGAAGUUCGGCAGUGAAUGCACGAUAGACGAAUCAAUCAAAUCCACCACACUGGAGGUAAUCAUUCUUUCGCUGCAACCAUCACUUUGUCUCAGUUCCACUCGUAACGGACAGCCUUCUGUUUCCUCCACCCCCACGAUGAUUCCGUCACCACCAUCAAUGCCAAGUAAUAACACCGCCGAGACUCCUAUCGAGGAUCCUGUCCCGAUGCCAGAAGGUAAUAAAGGAAUGAGUCGAGCUCAAUUUCGGAGAUAUGGCAAAGAGACUGUGGAUUACAUAGCUGACUACUUGGAAACCAUUCACAAAAGACGUGUGGUGCCUGCGAUCGAGCCCGGUUAUCUGAAGAAUCUGAUCCCCGCUGAAGCUCCAACUCGAGCAGAAUCGUGGGAGACAGUUAUGGAGGACUUUGAGAAAUUGAUUAUGCCUGGAGUUACACAUUGGCAACAUCCACGAUUCCAUGCUUAUUUCCCUGCUGGAAACUCUUAUCCGUCGAUUCUCGCCGAUAUGAUUAACGAUGCGCUGGGGUGCGUGGGAUUUAGCUGGGCAGCUUGUCCAGCUAUGACGGAAUUAGAAAUGAUCAUGUUGAACUGGUUUGGAAAGAUGAUUGGGCUUCCCAAGGAGUUUCUUCCGCUAACUGAAGGCGGCAAAGGAGGAGGUGUGAUUCAGGGUUCUGCAUCUGAGUGCAACUUCGUCUCUUUAUUAGCAGCUCGAUUUGAAGUGAUGAAAGAACUUCGCCAACGGUUCCCAUUUGUUGAGGAAGGGCUACUGCUUUCGAAGCUGAUCGCUUAUUGUUCCAAAGAGGCACACUCGUCUGUAGAGAAGGCCUGCAUGAUCGGUAUGGUGAAGUUGCGAAUCCUCGAAACAGACUCCAAGUUCCGCCUCCGGGGAGAAAUCCUCCGAAAUGCAAUUCAGGAAGAUCGAAAUCUCGGGCUCAUCCCAUUUUUUGUAUCCACCACACUCGGCACAACAUCGUGUUGUUCAUUCGAUGUGUUAAGUGAGAUUGGUCCAGUUUGUGAAGAGAAUGAACUGUGGCUCCACGUUGACGCAGCAUACGCUGGAUCUGCAAUGAUCUGUCCGGAAUUCCGUCACCUUAUGAAUGGUAUCGAAUAUGCAAUGUCGUUCAAUACUAACCCAAAUAAAUGGAUGCUUGUGAAUUUCGAUUGCAGCACAAUGUGGGUGAAAGAUCGUUUCAAAUUAACCCAAGCGCUCGUCGUUGAUCCACUCUAUCUCCAACACAGUUGGAUGGAUAAAUCUAUUGACUACCGUCACUGGGGAAUUCCGCUGAGCAGACGUUUCCGUUCAUUGAAAUUGUGGUUCGUCAUCCGAUGUUAUGGCGUAGAAGGACUUCAGAACUACAUUCGUGAGCAUGUUCGACUAGCAAAAAGGAUGGAAACACUGCUACGAGCCGAUCCCGUUUUUGAAAUUAUCGGUGAUGUUAUCAUGGGACUUGUAUGCUUUAGGAUGCGGGGUAACGACGAGCGUAAUCAGCAACUGCUAACUCGCCUUAACAGUUCAGGAAGGAUUCAUAUGGUACCUGCUUCUUUGAAUGAUCGCUUUGUUAUUCGAUUCUGCGUGUGUGCUGAAAAUGCAACCGACCAGGACAUUGAAACUGCUUACGCUAUCAUCAGCCAAACUGCUCAGCAUAUUCUUCAUGAAGGGACAUCACUUCCGAUCGUCGAGGAUGCGGAGGCGGAACAUCUUGAAGAAGCAGGAUACGACGUCGAACUUGCGCCAGUCUCGAAUGUGACCGUCGUGGAUGAAACUAACGACGCUCCGUUUAACGAAGGACAACUGACAAAAGAGGAGCUUAUCGCGAAGAAACAGAAGGAAAGUCUGGCCAAAAGAAGAUCGUUCCUUGUGCGAAUGGUAUCGGAUCCUAAAUGCUACAAUCCAAAGAUCGUUCGCCACUUGAACAUGGCGAAUCAUCGGAAGAUGAGCCAAGAUCUCUAUCGCGAUAGGACCUUAAUGCAAACUAUCUCCCAUAGCCAGCGUCCCUGUCGGUUGUCUCAGUCGCCUGGAUCAGGCAGCUCUUCCAUAAACACAAAAUUCAACUUUGAAGAAGAAGACGAGGGAACGCGCAUCGCCUUCUCGCAGACCGGACUGCAAACUCCCAUCUAA